GUGGGGCCUGGCCGUCAUGGAGAUGAUGAAAAUAUCUGAAGACUGUUAGGAAAAUGAAUGUUAAAAAUAAAAAUAUGACAUUAAAACCUGUCUAUGAAAACAUGAAAAGGUGAUUAGAACAGUGUUAGAUUAUGAUGCAGCAAUGUUUUUAAUAAGGAAGUUAAUAAGUAUCACUGAUAUGCAGCGCAUUCAGCAUCUUAAUAAAUGUUGAUAUCCCGACCCAACGCAUCCUAUAGUAGAUUAAUCAGAUGUAGCUAUUACAACUUUCAUCUGCAAAAGGUUUGCGAAUGCAAACGUGAGUUUGACCGAAAGUGUAACUCCGAUGUGCUUUAAAAAUUGUCACUAAUAUUUCAGCAAUAUUUUGGAUUCAAUUUGCACUUCUGAUCAACCAAAAUGUUAUUUUACAGUAUGAAAAUCACUGAUGAUUAUUGCUAAAUUAAUUAUGAAUAGAAUUGAAAGGAUAUUUUCAGCACAAGAUAAAAGCUUGGCGCUGCACAGCUUGCAUUGAACUAUAUUUUCAUCGAUCUUGUCAAAGUGAAACUAGACAUCACUGCGUGACUUCGAGACCAUUCUCUCUCCUCUCACGUCUUUUGACUCAUGCUGUGGAUAACUAAACAAUCAGAGCUCAUGGCGCCGCCCAAAGUCCUGCUAUAACCGAUCAGGAGAAAAAAGAAAAAAACAUUUAGAUCGUCGUUUACAUGAUCGAUCGUCGCUGUCACGCUUCACACUUGCAGUGUAAUGGAUUUGCAGGCAUUGGAGACAGUUUCUGCGCUUCUAAAUGAGGGAAUUGUUCAUAUCUGUAACAUCUGCAAGUCCCUCUUGGAUUCACAUAUAGAUCCCAACACCGACAUGUGCCCCAAUUACAAACAAAUCAGGGAAUAUAUUGAGCGUGCUGAGCAGUGCCUGAAAAAAUCAGAGCAAAUGUGUGAAGAAAAACUGAAAUGUUUGGAUGAAUGCAUGGAGCAACUUACUAAAGAAAAAGAAAAUAUUGAGCAACAGAACAAGGAAAAAUGCAUGGCCAUGGAUAAAUUACACAUCGAGAAGAAAUCUGCUGAAGAGUCAUUAAAGAAUUCUAAAGCAGCUUUGGAGCAGGCUGAAAAAAUUGUAGCAUUAAGAAAAGAUGAAAUAAAAAUAGAGACAGGUAGGAAGAACACAGGUAAAGGUGUAGCAAUUGCAGGGGCAGUACUGACUGCAAUACCAUGUCUGGGAUUUAUUGCUGGUCCAGUAAUGAUGAUUGCAGGAGGAAAUGUAAUUGCUAAUGCCUCCAAGGCUAUCAGGGAUACUGAAGAUGAACUAAAAAAAAAUGAGUCCCAAGUGAAUGAGAACAGCACAAAGGUGUCUAAUUACCAUUCCAGUAUCUCUACCAUACAAAAUGAGAUUAAAGAGACUGAUAAGGUGCUGAAUAAAAUUCAGAAGGAAAUUGAAGAAGCAAAGCAGCAUCUAGAGGUCACAGCUGAUUUUCAGAAAAUAGUCAGGGAAGCCGUGAGGGAAAGUCUUAGUGGAAGAGUCACUGUACUGGAGAGUCAAACUCGACGUUUCAUCCUUUGGGGGCCUGUGAUAAAGGUCAUGGAAGAUGUGAUGAAGGCAGUAGUAAAUGUUGCAGAGAAUCGGCUCCUUUAUAGGCAGGGUGUACCAGACUAUGUAAAUGCUUUGAGGGAGAAUGUUGGAGGACUACUGGCUUUAUGCAACUCAGCCCAAAAAUCUGAAUAUGACAACUAUUACUGAUCAUCUAAAUGAAUGCAUAGAAACCACCUUAUAUGUAUGCAAGUGAGGCAAUAAACAAAUAAUGAAAAUGAGUUAUAAUACUUUGAAUUGCAAAAUGUAAUAUUUCUCAAUAAAAGCAUGACAUAACAACAAACA